GGCGGGCGUUUCCAGUUGCGGGAGUAGGCGGCUCGCGGAUCGAGCUAAGUUUGCGCGCGCUCUUUUAGCUGGUUGUGGCAAUUUUGAAAAUUUGCUCCCGAGCCUCGAUUAUGUGCAUCAGUCGUGGUAUUAAAACCAGUGUCGACGCUGUUGUAUAGAAGCAAAUUGAGUCCCUUACGGACGUUACGUAAUUGCGCACGUAUACCGCGAAAAUUGCACCUUGUUACAUACGGGAUUUUCACGCCGGAUUUUUUUUGUUUCGUCGUCGAUGCUGGUGUUGCUGAAAUCGUUGGAAAAUUGUACCUUUGGCGCUCCUGCAAUUACUACGUGAGGUCGAGAUAAGGAUUUAUCGAUGUCUAAUACGCCGCGUUGUGUGCAAUUUUUACUACAAAGCUAGACCGUUAUAUCGAUGGGCAUAAUCCAGUAGCCAGCGCGCCUCCUCCCCCUCAACAGCAGAGAGCAGCAGCCCAGGCAAAACAUGAAGCUCCAGCCAAAAUUGAAAUCGUCGAGGUCAACGUAGCGCCCGAAUCAGUCGUCGAGAAAUAAUCCACAGUGUGAGUGCGUGUUUCGCGAGUGAGAGAGGGAGAGCUAAAAGUAGAGGAGAGAGUAAAAACAGCAGCAAAACGCCGUCGAGGAGCGUUAAGAGCGAGAAGCGCCCCCGCGGUCGUAGCAGAGGGAAAAGGAGAAGCGCCUGGAUACGCGAGGGUGUGUGCGUGACAAAUGCGCGGAGGAGCGACCGAGAGCUUGCACCAGUGCUGCACGAGGGCCUCAGACGCCAUCAUCAGUCCCUGCUGCUGCUCGCAGCUGACGGCCAACGAUAAUCACUAUCAGCCCGACGAGCUGCUGCUGCUGCUGCUACAACCGUGGAAAAAGUGCAGCUCUACGACGGCGACGACGACGACGACGAAAACGACGAGGAGUCGGCAGCACAUCGCCGAUGCGCAUCGCCUGUGUUCAAGUUCGAGAGGGAGACAGCAGUGAGGAAGAAGAUAGAGCUUCCAGCCAGCGCUCAUUAUUAAGAUUUCAGUCUGUUAGAGGCUAGUUUCUACCGUUGUUACUAUACAUAUAUACGUAUACGCGCGAGCGCGCGAUACAAAACAAGAAGGGUGAUAAUAGGAUUAAAUAAUUCGCUAGAGUUUAGUCGAUAUUUACAUAGAGCCAGUACGUUUUAGUGGACGUACGUGAAAACAAAGCAAUAGUUAUAGGGGAGCGAGUCGAGGAAAGAGGAGAAAGAGGAAGAAGGAGUACAGCUGUAGUGUGGUCGGCCGCGCACAUAGGCGUCACUUUGCAUCGGAAGUGAGAGAAGAGAGACAGAGUGAGCAAACAUGGCGUUCGCCGCUGCGAGGAUGAUACUCAAGGACAAGAGGAGGAAGCCCAGCAAGGAGGAUUACGCGCCGCGUAACAGGAGCAAGGCCCGCAGCGCCAGUACAAGUAGCUUUAGAAGCCUGAGCCAGGCUCGCAACAAACCGGCAGAUGGUCAUGUCGGUCAAAAAGGCGCGACCGGUCAGAAGGCACCGCUGGCCGCCGGUCAGAAGGUGGCGCCGGGCGGCAAGUCGGCCGCGAAACCCGCCACCAAGCCGAGCGCGCAAAAAGGCCAGGUCAAGGUCACGCCGAAAGCCGCCUGUGUCAAGACCGGCAAGAACAAGAAGAAGGGACAGCGGCAACAGUACGACCUCAUCGUCACCAUUAAUCUGUCCGAGUAUGGGCUCACGGAGGACCAAGUCGCGGAAUUCAAAGAAGCUUUCAUGCUGUUCGACAAGGACGAGGACGGCACCAUCACGAUGGCUGAACUGGGAGUUGUCAUGCGUUCACUGGGACAAAGACCAUCCGAGACGGAAUUACGAGAUAUGGUGAACGAAGUCGAUCAGGAUGGCAACGGCACAAUCGAAUUCAACGAGUUCCUACAAAUGAUGUCGAAGAAAAUGAAGGGAGCCGAGGGCGAGGAUGAACUGCGCGAGGCUUUCAGAGUAUUCGAUAAAAACAACGACGGCUUGAUAUCGUCGGUGGAACUGCGACACGUCAUGACGAAUCUCGGUGAGAAGCUGUCCGAGGAAGAGGUGGACGACAUGAUCAAGGAAGCAGACUUGGACGGAGACGGGAUGGUGAACUACGAAGAGUUCGUGACAAUCCUGACGUCGAAGAAUUAGUUCGCUCGCGCAGCGACUGCGCCACGAGUCGAUGCUGCGGAAGAAGACGAGCUGCGAUAGGAGAAGCCGAAGUGAUAAUACGAGGGAUGAAAACGAAAACGGCACUACCGGAAGAUGAUCACACGGCGCGAGCGAAGAGACAACGGUGAUGAUGCGGAGAAGUCUAUACUGUCAAGUUCCUCAAUUUAGGUUCGUAAACGUAAACGCAAGGCAGGAACAAAGUGAUCGACGCUUCGAUACGGAUUCCCGCGGCGGUCGUGCGAGUCCGCCACACGAUUCUACACACACUAAACACUCGUUUAGAGCGUUAUAUUAUAUACGCGCGCGAGAAGGCAAUUAUCCGAUCUGCUGUUUGAUGUGCUCGUGAAUUGAAGAGGAUACAUACUUAUGUAAGGAAAAGCCCGUUAUUGGCUUAUUAGGAUAUAUGCCGAAAGCAACAAAUCAUAUACUCUUACAGCGACACUGUAUUCAAUAUGAUGCUCGCAUUAUGAUGUGCGAAGCGAGGUGAUAUACCUUCUUGGAUUUUAGUUUACUUCGUUUGCUUUGUAUACCGAUCGAUUUGGAGCUGUUAUAUGCGAUAUCGUUAUACGCCUCACUGUAUAUCGAAGCGAUGCACGAGGUGCAUGUAUAUUGAGCGUUUUUGUAUGACUUCGAAAGAUCGUUGCGAGUAUACACCUUUCGUUUUAUCGUUUUAACAUAAACAUACUGUCGACAAGCACGUUACAUGAAUUGUAUACUUUUAUUAUACCGCACGAUUUUUUAACGAAUUUAAUAUAAUAUACGUAUACAAUAAUUACGUAAAGGAUUUUUUCAUUUUAUCUUUUCUACGAUUAACUGCUCUGUACAUCAUUAUCGUCACUCACACGGGAGUAAUGUAGGCAAAGGCUUGUAUACCUUCAAUUGCGAUUUCAUAUUAUACGGGACACUUGGAUCACACGGAAUAUCAGCGCGACGGGAUACGCGAAAGUUUCGAUCGACUCUUGAGUUUAGAGAAACGUGAGACCUCUACGACUUUAACGAUACGAGAAAGACGACGACACUAUUGGUCGCUCCUGAAACAAUCAACAGAGCUUCGAUUAGCGAUUUUACGAUAUUACGAGACGAAAAAUAUGUAGGAAACAAAAAGUGAAAAGCGAAAGCGA